CGUUCAAUUUUUUCAAUACCAUUUGCCUCCCUCUCUUCAAGGAAUGUCAAGGUUCAAGGCUUUUCCAUAUAACAUUGCAUUAUAUGCAACUCUAAUAAUUGUUUUAUCAGUCAUUUCAGUUAAUGGGCAGAUCAUCAGCACACCAUGCACAGCCUCAAUGAUCAGCAGCUUCACUCCAUGCUUAAAUUUCAUCACGGGAAGUACCGGCAACGGGUCUUCACCGAAUGCCGGUUGUUGCAGCUCAUUAAAGUCUCUCAUGAGCGGUAGCAUGGAUUGUGCUUGUCUUAUCAUCACUGGAAAUAUUCCUUUCUCACUACCCAUUAACCAAACCCUAGCACUCUCACUCCCACGAUCAUGUAAUGGUGGUGUGCCCAUACAGUGCAAAGCCUCUGGUGUUCCUCUUCCAGCUCCAGGUCCUGCUUUAUUUGUGCCAACACCUCCACCUACUGCUUCUUCUCCUUUUAGUCCAACAGCUUCAAAAGCAACAGCCUUAGCACCAUCACCAGACGAACCGACUUUUGAUACAGCACCGGCAUCUCCUCCAUUGCAUUCAUCGGUAGCUCCAACGGCAACUGCAGGGAUCCGACCAGUGCUGACCCCAAAAUCAGCUUCUAGUCCAUCGUCCACCUUUUCACCAUCUGUCCUGAUAAUGUUUCUGGGGAUCAUGGUCUUCAAAUGCUACUGAAUUAAAUACUGGAUGAUUCUAAUCCGGCAUUUUGUGUGUUUUGUUCCUUGCUUUUGUUUGACAUUAUUUUUUCUCUUAUGGGAGGAUGUGAGCUUGAUAAUGAGUGGCUUGUUCAUUUCUAUCUUACAUCCAUAGUAGAACUCAAAUCAAAUAGUUGUAAGAUAGUGUCG